CGACGAACGAACUCGGCUACCACGAAUCAUCCGAUUUAACCACAGUGGACUGUUGUUUGUCGCGCUUGUGCGAUCUAUGCACGGGAACCUUUCUGCUUGACCAAUUCAACGACAGCCCGUCGUCAUCGUCCGACAGAAUUAUCGCGAAAGUAAUAUUAUCCGCAUAUCGGGCAGAUAUCUUGAUUUCUUUGUUUCGUGCACAAGUUUUGAAGCAACAGUGUGACGCGCGCGCGAUCAACGGCCACGCGAGUUAAGCCGUCCGCCCGUGUGCUCCGCUCGAUUUCCCUAUCUCCUUUCGUUGGAAUGAGACUCCAACGACAGCCUUGAUUUCGCGCCAAUACUCCAACGACUACAUCGUAACGAAGGAUGUAAACGUGUUCCGGCAGUGACGUAUGCAAAUCUUUCCGGUGUUUACCCGUGUCGUUUUAUCUGUGAAAACAAUAAUAAUCAGUGCAGCCGAGAAUUGCUCUCCGACGGCCGACGUGAUAAACCGUGUGUCGAUUCUGAGCAGACAGCAGCGACGCAGCAGCAACAGCGAUAAUAUCCGUGACAACCAGAGAUCAAGUGAUACGUCGUGGUGAUACAAAUCAGUUUUCAGUAGAAACGUGAUCGUGAAUCUUGUCCGUCGGGAAACAGAAAUAAUCUGUUGUUUCGUGUCGUAUAUCGGUGAAGUUUCAUUUAUCCGUCUUUGAUAUCGUCGACCAAGAGAAACUUAUUCCACACUAUCGUCGAAUAUCCGCAAACUUAACAUAAAUAAUAGUGUCGAACAGAGAAUCUAUGAAAGACCACGUGUUGGAAAAAGCGGACUAACUCGAGCGUAUAAUGUGGCGAAACUGACGCUACGAAGAGACACGCUCCGUGGGUGCUUGUUUUGGUUUGUGAGUAUCAACGGAACAUCCGGCGUUGUGACCGCGACGAUGAGGAAGCACGUGUGUCCGGCCGUAGCCGUAGUCCUGCUGCAGCGUUCAAUCGCGCGUGCUGAGCUCUGCUGACGCUCGCCCCGAUUUCUCACCAUCAUACAGUUUCUCGUGUCGCCGGUCGACUCGGAUCCGGGGAUCGUCGAGGACCGACGGAGCCAACAGCACGCGUUAAUAGUGGUUAAAGUGCAGUAGAACAAUCGCCAAGUGCUGUGGGCCCGUUUUAUUGCAAACCGUCGGCCGCGUUUCAUCGUUGGACAAUACUGCGAUCCAUUAUCGUGACGUGACGAAGCUAAGAAACAGAAAUUUGGAAGACGAUAGCGAAUUACUCGAGAACGGACGUUUGCUGGCGACGGUCUAGCGUCGUUCUCUCUUGGUCGUUCUGUGCAUUCGACGAAGGCAAUAAUCCGCGAGUCCUCUGAGUGUGACGAACGGGAAACGGGCAAACCGAUCGCCCCGAUAAGGCGAAUCGAAAAGUGGGGAAACCAGUGUGUGUGAAGUGUUCGAGGUUACUUGCUUAUACUGUGGGAAAAUACAGCCGCUACGGUGGCUCAGCACGCAGAGUUCCCCGGCGCGGCCAGGGCGUUCAUGGCGCAGCCAAGGUAUGACGACGGCGGGCUGCACGGGAGUUACCUCGAGGGCGGAGGUGGCGGAGGUGGCGCAGGGCUGUACGAUCCGCACGGGAGCGCCCGAGGUGUACCAGGUCUCCAUCACAGUCCACACCUCGGAAGUAUGGGACCUGCACAUCCCCAGUAUCCACCGCCUCCGCCGCAACCACCCCAACACGUUCUCGCGGCGGCAGCCGCNNNNGCAGCAUCUGCGGUACCCGAUGUCCACAAACGCGACAAGGACGCGAUUUAUGGACACCCCUUGUUCCCGCUUCUUGCGUUGAUUUUCGAGAAGUGCGAGCUGGCGACGUGUACACCGCGUGAACCCGGCGUCGCGGGCGGUGACGUAUGCUCGUCAGAAAGCUUCAACGAGGACAUCGCUGUCUUCUCUAAACAGAUCAGACAAGAAAAACCUUACUACAUCGCCGAUCCGGAGGUCGAUUCGCUGAUGGUACAGGCGAUCCAGGUCCUCCGGUUUCACCUCCUCGAGCUCGAAAAGGUCCAUGAACUAUGCGACAAUUUCUGCCACCGGUACAUCAGCUGCUUAAAAGGAAAGAUGCCGAUCGACCUAGUGAUCGACGAUAGGGAGAGCUCGAAACCGCCGGAGAUCGGGAACGGUCUGGACGGUGGCGGACCAAGGAGCACCGCUGACAGCACCAGUCACACAGACGGAGCGAGCACGCCGGACGUCAGGCCACCCUCUUCGUCACUUUCGUACCCCGGUGCGGGUGGUAAUGACGACGCACGCAGCCCCGGAAGCGGGGGAACACCCGGACCUCUCAGUCAACAAGCGCCCGCAAGUUUGGACUCCUCGGAUCCCGACGUCACGGGUAAAUGGUGUCCGCGUAGGGAAUGGAGUUCGCCGCCGGACGCGCAACGAGCGGCGAGCGACGCGCGUCGUGGCGUUCUUUACUCUUCCGUCUUCCUCGGUAGCCCCGGUGACGCGAGUAACGCGAGUAUCGGCAGCGGCGAGGGCACCGGUGAGGAAGACGACGAUUCAUCGGGUAAGAAGAACCAGAAGAAGAGGGGCAUCUUCCCCAAAGUCGCGACCAAUAUCCUCAGGGCGUGGCUGUUUCAACACCUCACGCAUCCGUACCCUUCGGAAGACCAGAAGAAGCAACUGGCUCAGGACACGGGGUUGACGAUUCUCCAAGUUAACAACUGGUUCAUCAAUGCGAGGCGUAGAAUCGUCCAGCCCAUGAUCGACCAGAGCAAUCGAGCCGUGUUUCCGCCAUUGUCCGCAGGUCCGAGCGGGGCGUACAGUCCGGACGCGACGAUGGGUUACAUGAUGGACGGACAGGCGGCGAGCAUGAUGCACCGGCCGCCCGGUGAUCCCACCUUCCACAAUCAGUACCAUUACCCGCCAGAGUACUAUGGACAUCACUUAUAAAGCAGUAGUCGCAAAUAAAGGUAGGCGAUGGAAUGACGAUUCUUGCGGAACGGGAAACGUAGCAGCGUGACGGAAGCGCAGCGUGCUCCGGUUGGCGUUUAGAGCAAGGUGCACGGGGGCAACAAGGAGCGAUUCGUCGCCUCCAGGGCGUGAUCGACGCGGAAGCGGAGAGAUAUUUCUCGGCAGCGUCGCACGUCGAGGCUCGUGGUGCCAGCUGUUCAAGCCAGGAGCACACGAUGCGGACGGUGGAAGCGGAAAAACAGCCGUCGGUCUGGUUGUGGCUCGGAAAUCGAGUAUCGAGGCGGGGCAAAAGAAACUCGUGAAGAACAGGAGAAAGAAAGAGAGUCAAAGGAUGGCGGAUUCGUUCGCCAAAGCAGAGAAAGGAUCCGUUGGCGGAGAAAGGCCGACACGGGGCGUGUGGAACGCGUGGAACCGGAAGCAAGAUGGCUGGAGAGAAAGAGGAAAGAAAACAAAUGGCGAGAGACGCGCGGCUUGAACGAGGACGAGAGUACGAGGAGCCGCGUAAUACGAUGGAAAUUCAUGUGAUUGUUCUGUGUACAAAUGUCGCGGUGUAAUAUUGUAGUGAUCGAAGAAUUUAAAUGUUAAAUUUUAAUACGGUCGCGAUCGAGCUAUUAUUAAUUAACGAUUAUAUAGAGAGGACAUUGGGGACUACGAACGAGGUAACCUCGAACAGAGUGAUAUAGGCAAUUUCUAGCGGGCAUGUGUACAUUAAGAAUGAGUGGUAAGAAAAGCGGGAUAAAUAAAAAGGUAGAAAAAUACAAGUAACGAAAGUGGUAGAGGGGGUUGGAGAACUAAGGCAAACCCGGUACUCGCGAACUCAGAUCCGAUUUAAUUAAUAGAUAGAUAUUCACGUGCGGAGAGAGACGAUGAAACGCAAAAUUCAGAAGUUCUGGAGGCACGAAACUACGGAGAAUGGAAUUCAAUAUGAUCGAACGGUAUAUAUAUGUAUAUAUAUAUACACACAAACGCGCGCGCGCAGAUGCGCAUCCAUGUGUAUAGAUAUAUAUGGGUGUAUAAAUAAAUAUAUAUAGGGAAAAGAAUUUUAGAUAUGUGGUGGGUGGCGUUUCGGAAGCCUAUUAGGAAAUGAAAUGAGAGGAAGAUAAAUGUGGGGAAAAUUGAGAAAUAGUCGGUUCAAACGUUUAAUAAACGUUUAACAAACGCAUGUACGCACGAUCAAAACGUAAAUGCGAAUCCGAUAAUGAAAAAACGGUGCGAGGGUAAAGAAUAUAGGCAAUGUGAGGAACUGAAUGGAACAAAUUUAAGAAUAGAAAAACAUAAACGAACGAAACAAAAGGACGCAGCAGAACAAAAGAGAAACUUUUAGGACAGAAGAAUGAAAUCGACGCGUGUGCCGGACUCGAGCGUCGAUCACAUUCACUUGCAUAUAUAUAGGUGACAUUGAAAUUUGUACAGUUAUUAAUUAUAAAUGAAUUUACUAAUUAAAGGAAGGAGUUAUCAUAUAAUAUAAAUAUAUACAUAACAGACACACACACUGAAGUAACAUGUGCGCCCCCCCUCCCCCGAUUGUAAUAUAUAUAUACAAGCAAGCGUUUUAAUUGGACUUUGGGACGAUAAUUAUUCUCGUGUGUGUUGUGCCGUGUUCGAUGUGCGUACUGGACCGAGGAGACGCGUCGAAAGAA